AUGCUUGCAGUCAUGACCACGGAUCUGGAUAAGAUUGCUCCAAGAUUUGAGAUUCACCCAGACCAGGUGCAGGUACUGAAAACUCCCACAGAGUUCUAUGAAACACUCAAAGCCAAGAUCCUUCAAGCGAAGUCACGUAUCUAUCUCAGCUCCUUGUACAUCGGAAAGACAGAGCAUGAACUCAUUUCGACUAUCCGGACAGCUCUUGAGCGGAAUCCGGACCUGAAGGUCUCCUUUCUUACCGAUGCACUGCGCGGAACUCGGGAAGCGCCCAACCCCUCAUGUGCUUCCCUACUUGCGCCCUUAGUCUCCGAAUUUGGACACAGGGUCAAAGUCAGAAUGUUUCAUACUCCGAAUCUCACCGGGUUGCGGAAGAAGCAUGUUCCCAAGCGUAUCAACGAGGGAUGGGGUCUACAGCACAUGAAGCUCUAUGGAGUGGAUGACGAGAUCAUCAUGUCAGGGGCCAAUCUUUCGAGUGACUAUUUCACCAAUCGGCAGGAUAGAUAUCAUCUCUUCCGCUCCUCUGAUCUGACCGACUACUUUUCGAAGAUCCAUGAUGGCGUUUGUGAUCUUUCUUUUGACAUCCAACCAUCGCCACAACCUGGUGGAUAUUCCAUGAAGUGGCCUUCGGAUAAUCCUGCACCAUCGCCCUUAGAAUCGCCUAGGGCUUUCAAAACUGCGGCCUCGAAACACCUAUCUCACCUCCUGACGCCAAACAACUCGCCAAAGGCUCUUACAACAGGGUCGAUGCCAUCAUCCACUGCUGUAUACCCGAUCCUUUCCUUAGUGCCGCUCCUGGACACCUCCACAGAACUGCCUGCAUUGACAAUGUUGCUGAAGCGCCUAUCCCAACCUCCUUUUUAUCCUUCGUCCUGGACCUUCACUGCGGGCUAUUUCAACAUGACUCCGUCCUUUCGCCGUCUAUUACUUUCUACAAGACCUGCGAGUGGUACAGUGCUCACGGCGCAUCCUUAUGCUAAUGGCUUUUAUGGGUCCAGCGGCGUCAGUGGCAUGCUCCCGGACGCAUACACCCAUCUUGCGAAGAUGUUUUUGAAACGCGUCCGCUAUGAAGGUCUCGGCAACAUCAUCAUCCUAAAAGAGUGGCAGAGGGGAAAGAUAGGUGAAGAAGGGGGUUGGACGUAUCAUGCAAAAGGACUGUGGGUAACAUUUCCAUCAUCCCCCUCACCUGAUACUCCACCCACUCCUCCUGAAGAGGGUGAAGACCCCAGUCUUACUGUCAUUGGAUCCUCAAAUUAUACAAAGCGGUCCUACGAGCUGGACCUCGAAGCCAAUGUUAUCAUUGCUACAUCUGAUCCCGGUCUACGCCGUCGACUUGGAGAGGAGGUGAAGUGGUUGGGAGAGUAUGCUAAGAAGGUGGAUGAGGCGGAGUUUGAGAAACCGGAGCGGAAGGUGAGCAUCAGCGUAAGGAUAUCCAUGUGGCUUGUACGAGUUUUGGGCGGCGCGCUGUAA